UUGUACGAAUGUGCCAGGCGAUUAUACAUGUGUAUGUGAUACAGGAUUUAUUUUCAGCGAUAUUAAGAAGUCGUGCGAAGACAUUGAUGAAUGCACCGUAAAUAUAAUUGACUGUUCUGGACAUGGAAAUUGUAAGAAUAUGCCAGGCGAUUAUACGUGUGUAUGUGAUGCAGGAUUUAAGUUCAACGAAACCAAUAAGUCGUGCGAAGACAUUGAUGAAUGCACCGAAAACAAAAUUGACUGUUCUGGACAUGGAAAUUGUAAGAAUGUGCCAGGCGGUUAUAUGUGUGUAUGUGGUGCAGGAUUUAAGUUCAACGAAACUAAUAAGUCGUGCGAAGACAUUGACGAGUGUCAUUCAUCAAAAUAUACAUGUGGUGGUGGAGGGAAUUGCACUAAUACAUAUGGCAAUUGGACAUGCAGUUGCCCUGAUUUCGGAUUUCGAAGGCAAAAGUAUUCAGAAGACGUGAUAGUCUGUGAAGAUAUAGACGAAUGUUCAGAUAGUCCUUACCACUGUGGCGGUCAUUGUAAUAAUACCCUGGGUAACUGGACUUGCGAAUGCGACAUUGGAUACACAAGGGAGUCCAGUGAAGAAGGAACAGUUAUAAAUUGCGAAGAUAUAAACGAAUGUGACCUCCAAGAGUCUUGCAUUGAUGGUGUUUGUGAUAAUCUAGAGGGCUCCUGGACAUGUAUUUGCCAAGAUGGGAAGGAUCCUAAGACUAUAAAUUCUACUACGAAACUUUGUUCAGGUUCUAAGAAAUAUGCCUGA